CGGCAUAUCUGGAGCCCCCAGAGCCAGUCGGGGGCAGCGCCGUGCCAUGGAUCACAGCGUGAGCAUCGACCUGCAGCCCCGCGAUGGUGGCAAGGUGGGGCAGGACGGCUCGGCUCCCCCGUACUCCACCUACUCCUACAUCAGCACCACGCAGGGCUUCCCCGUGCAGCCGCCGCCUCGCGACUUCGUGCUCUGGUCCCUCUUCAACACCGUCUUCUGCAACGUCUGCUGCCUCGGCUUCUUGGCUCUGGUCUUCUCCUUCAAGGCCAGAGAUCGUAAAGUCCUGGGUGACACCGAUGGAGCAGGAAGCUAUGGCAAGACUGCCAAGUGCCUGAACAUCACAGUCCUGGUACUGAGCCUCUUGACAGUGGUUCUGAUCAUCGUCCUCGUGACAACAGGAGUUGCGGCUGUCUCAGAUGCAAUUCAAAAGGAGAACCAAAACAGGAACAACUACGGCAUUAACUACGGCAACUAAACCACCCCUCAGGAUUCUCCCCAGCUGGAUGACUUCUCCCCAAGCUUCCCUUACUCCGCUCUGCUUGCCUUUGUUCUGCUGUUUAAAUUGUCAAGGGCUGGAGUGCUCAGUUGCUGAGUGGAUGAAGGGGCAGUGCUCUCCUGGUGUUCCAGUUGUUCUGUAACUGGAACCCAGCAAUUCUCUUUGCGACGUGGAGAUCUCAACUCCACCACCACCCCCUUACAGCCACCAUCCUUCUACUGAGACUGGCUGGCUGAUCCUCCUUCCAAAGUGCCACCAGCCAAGUUCUACCUUAACAGGAGGGAGGGGUCACUAUAGAGAUGGGGUGGGGUGGGUCUCACAUUGCUCUGUUUCCCCCACCCGUAAAGCAGACUGCAUGCCUUUCAAAGCCCUCCGAGAUCUUGCAGCUGUUGGGGAGGGUGAACAUUGUUCUGCUUAUGCACAAAAGCUUAUGCCCAAAUAAAUCUGUUAGUCUUUAAGGUGCCACCGGACUCCUUGUUGUUUUUGUGGAUACAGACUAACACGGCUACCCCCUGAUAAUUGUUCUGCUUGUGAUUAUUCAGAUUUUUUCUUUAGAGAAUUAUUUUUGUAGAGCUUUCCUUGGCAGAAAUGUGUCGGGACUAUUUUCAAAUAAAAGUUUUUUUUCCUCUUGUAAA